UGUAUAUGAUAGAAUUGGGGGUAAGUCGCUUGGUGCAUCAUUACUCACAUUGUGCACAUUGCGGAUUUCAGCUAACGAGAAUCAAAGGUACCCUAAUUACUUCCUACAGGGUCGAGGACAAGAAGCAAGUCGCCGAGUUUGAUCCGCAGGCAUGGCUCGACGAGAACCCCGAAGAAGAGGAGGAGGUGCGACCAUGCCCAAUCUGUAAUAAUGCCGACCAUGAAGAUGUCCUUCUCCUCUGCGACGGCUGCGAUGCACCAUACCAUACAUACUGUGUUGGCUUGGACACUGUCCCUCGCGGCCACUGGUUCUGCCUAGAGUGCGCUGAGGGGGCUGCCGAACUACUUGCAGCUGAGUUGGAUGAUCCUGAUGUGACAACCUCUGGCCUGGCUGGAUUAUCUGAUGGUCGCUCCGACUACCUGCCACGCACUCAAGCGACGAUGCGACGUGCUAGACAACGAGCUCGCUCGGAUGAGUGGCAAGGCGCCUGGGGCCAAAUUGCAGGUCGCGUAUGGGAUGCCCUGAAUAUAGAUCUUGAUAAUCAUGAGGAUGAUGAGGCAUUACAUCAUUACCGGAGAUCGCAGCAGCGCAGCGAAAGAGAGCGACGUGAAUAUCAGAGAUGGCAACAACGUCUUAACAUCGCAAGUCGUCUUGGCGCCCAUGAUAUUUUCGCCGAGAACCUCCCUAUCGUUGCUCCCCAGCAAAGUACGAGGCAGCCGCCACUACAAGCACCACCUCCUCAAGAGAGCCGGGAAGAGAAGCAAGCGUGGGGGGCACUGGAAAGGGCUAUGGAAGCUGAGGCGCCGAGUCCGUCUAGUCCGAACCAGCGAAAGCGUAAAGCCCGUUCGGUGACGGCAUCCCCAGUUGAACCUCCCCCGCCCGAGAGGAAGCUUAAACGUCCCAGAACAAGACGGGUACCUACCCAGUCUGAAGCAUCUACAUCUAACCAGGCAUCGGCACAAAACAUAGAGCCAACAGCCCCAGGGCCAUCGACGAGCGGUAGGGCUCGAUCACCUGUCCCAACCUCAGAAGGGCCCUCGUUUCUGUCUUCCUUACUAAAAGAGGUUGAAAUGAGCACAGCAUCGGAUGACGAGAGUAUUCGGGCACUUUUGCCUACGAUCAAACCUACCGCAGACCCGCACUCUCCCGCAACAUCACCUUCGCCAUCAGGCUAUAGCAGUCCCCGGGCGCUAUCAAUGACACCACCACCUCGUGGGAUCAGUGAUCGGCCUGGUUCGCCCCUUUCUCUUAGCUCAAGGAUAGAACCAAUCUACCCACCAGCGAAUUAUGUCGUGGCUAGAGAUGGAGAGCAUAGUGAUUCGGAAUCACGACCACGACAACAGCAUCAUCAUCAGACUAAUGGUACUACUAUAUCCCUCGAAAUCCGACAACCAAGACCACGGCGAUACAGGUCUGCAGAUAUCAGCAGCAAUCUUGUACACUCGCCUGACGCCUCGCCAACCCGUAGCGACCUGCCAAUUGAGAUGAAGGAGAGUAUCAGCGGCAUCGUUAAGGACGCUCUCAAGCCACACUGGAAAUCCGGACAGCUCACAGCAGAUCAGUACGCCAGCAUCAACCGAGACCUGAGCCACAGACUUUACAAGGAAGUAUCGGAACAGGAACUCAACGACCAGGCUCGAAUUCGGUUCGAAAAAAUCGCCACGAAAGAGGUAGCACGAGCUGUCGCAGAUAUCAAGACAUGAUGUCGCGGCUUUUUAUGUAACAAGCAGCAUGGUAAUGGCGCGUACUUGAGCUGGGCAUUUAGUGGCGUUAGACGAGCGUGUGGGGGAUUUGCAUCAGCUGCCCUUUGUCUACCGAGCGUGACAUUGAGAUACCCUGGUUGAGCUGAUUUGUUUUGUCCGGACUGCAUUCAAGCUUCACCCGACGGCGUUGUUUUCUGGGUUCAUGUAUCAUUGCAUUUGCGUAUUGCACUUUCCACAUGUAAACUUAGGGGUGGAUAGGAAUAUGCAUAUAAGUAAGGAGAUGGGAGUUUUCAAUAGAGGAUGUUCAGAAUCGCCCAUGCGGGCUUAUCAUGGGAUAUGAGGGGCUGGCGGAGCAUGUAUAAACUACUUAACUACUCGCUACUUUACUCAAGGUAGACAGCGUAUACUGCUUGAAGCGACUAGGGCAUAGUUUGGAGACAGUUCAAUUAUACAAGUUUUUAAAUAGUUCAUAGCUGUACCACCUCUUCCCAUUAACUUAGACUAAGAACUACUACCUUCUCGACGCCGAAACACCGGGAAAAAAAAAAAAAAAAAAAAAAAAAAAAAAAA